GACAGCAUGUGAAACGGCAUAUGGCUAUGUUCUAUUUCUUGCUGCACUUUUUCAUAUUGAAAGUUUGGUUUGGUUUGUUUCUAGUGUGAGGAGUCUAGUGUGUUCUUAUUUGUUAGUAUUUUCUCUGAGGUUUGUUUUAGAGAAAAAGGAUUCCAUGGUAGAUUUGGUAAAGGCGCAGUUCACAAGGCAGGAAAAUACUCAGUAUUCUCUUCUUCUGGGUUCGUCUGAUGAGCUGAAGGAUGACUACCUUAUCACUGAAUUGGAAGAAGAACAGUGGAUGUCAUUUCACUGUCAUAGCAGCCGAGCAGCAUGCAGUCAAAACCAUGAGAAAUUAGUAGCCCAGAGAAAACUGCAGAUCACAUGCAUGAUCUGUUUGGUCUUCCUGAUUGCAGAACUCAUAGGUGGCUAUGUUGCUCAUAGUCUUGCUGUAAUGACUGAUGCAGCCCAUCUUCUCACUGACUUGGGCAGCAUUCUGCUAAGCCUCUUUUCCCUGUGGAUCUCCAAAAAACCUGCUUCUAAAAGCAUGACUUAUGGCUGGCACCGCUCAGAGAUAUUGGGUGGCUUGUUUUCAGUGUUGUCCAUUUGGGUUGUGACUGCUGUACUGCUGUUCAUUGCAAUCCAAAGAAUCAUCAGUAAUGACUAUGAGAUUAAUAGCAAUGUCAUGCUCAUCACCUCUGGCUGUGCUGUGGUGGUAAAUAUCUUAAUGGUGUUUAUUCUACACCAGUCUCCAGGCUCUCAUGAUCACAGCCAUGAUCACAGUAACACCAGUGUGAGGGCAGCUUUCAUCCAUGUGCUGGGAGACUUGCUGCAGAGUCUGGGAGUUCUGCUAGCUGCCACAAUCAUCUACUUUUGGCCUGAAUGGAAAGUAGCAGAUCCUAUUUGUACAUUUUUGUUUUCCAUACUUAUUCUUGCAACAACAUCCACUAUUCUGAAAGAAAUUUUCAGAGUGCUCAUGGAGGGAACACCACCAGGUAUAGACUAUGACUCUGUAAAAGACAGUCUGCUAUCAGUCAGAGGAGUCAAAACAAUACACAGUCUUCACAUUUGGGCACUGACCAUGAGUCAGCAACAGAUGUCUGUCCAUGUUCUCAUAGAUGAACAAACUGAUCCACAUACUACACUUAAGGAUAUGACAAAAUUGCUCCAGACUGAAUUCAGCUUUCACAACAUCACCAUUCAGAUAGAAGCAUAUUCAGAGGAAAUGGCUUACUGCAGUGAGUGCCAGGACAGAACCGACUAAGUUAUUGCAGUAGGAUUGUC